AUGAUGCCUAUACGUGAAAGUCAGAUUCAUCUCUUCCACAAGGUAGACCGAGAAGUGUUCUGUUGCUUGCUUCUGAAACUGUCUCUGGAACCUUCUCAGUGCCUUCUCAUAAUGUCCCUCUGGCUCUGGCUCGAGAACGUAGGGUACCCUAACGUCGUCCCUCAGCUCGUAGGACUCUCUAGUCCUCUCCUCAACGCUGUGGCCAAAGAAGCUCAAGCUUGCCUCAAGUGUCUCGAAGAGGAUAACCCUCGCAUCCCUAAAGGUGGUGGCCUCCCUCUCACUUCCACACUCAUUGAAAAGGACAUUUCCCUCCAACUCUUUCACCUCAAAAGGUUCACUGCCAUCGCCGGAAUCAAGAGCGUCCUCAACAACGUCUCCGUCAGAAUCUUCUCUGAUAUAUUACACAACGUUCUGAGUAUUAAUAAUAACGGCGCCGUCAGGUCCGGAUUCGGCCCGGGUCCGGGAACGAAUGGGUCGUUGUCGAUUCCGGGUUUUCCGCAUCCGGUGUUCGGGAACGUGACCGUGCCGCCGUUGAGCCACGACUUGCCGGUGGAGCUGUGGUGGUACGAUGACUUGGACGACAACGUGUCGUGGAGCAGCAGGCCAUCGGAUGACGUGAGGGACGAGGACAAGACGAUGUUUCUGACAUUCUCGAGGGGAUUUCCGGUGACGGAGGAGGAGGUGUUGCAUCUGUUCACGACCAACUUCGGGGAUUCGAGUGUGCGGGUCAUAAACAUGGGAGAACCGGACGCUGCGAACGAGCAGCCACUGUUCGCGACGAUGGUGCUGGACAGUGUGGCUACCGUCGACGAAAUCCUGAUGGGGAAACGCAUCGCCAAGUUCAAGAUUAACGGCAAGCACAUCUGGGCUCGCAAGUACGAGAAUCGUGUCUGA